AUGUCAAGUGAAAUAACAACAAUGGACUCUGCUGCUGUAAUCGAGAUAACGACACUUGAAAAUAGUGAACAAAUUGAUUCAGAUGAAAUUAUUACUAUUUCAAAUCUAUUCGAUCCAGAAAUAAAUUCUAUUCAUGAAAGUAUUGGAUCAGCAAUAAAUGAUGCUUCAAUUAUACGAAUAGAUCCUGAUAAAAAAUUGACAAAACCUAUAAUAGCUUGUUUAAUAUUCGCUUUAUACACAUGUAUAGUAAUGGCUAUUGCAAUUAUUAUUGUAUGUUUAACUUAUCCAGAACAAAGUUACACAUGUAUGCCUACUUUUAAAUUAACAGUUGAAGGUGUAGUUGGAUAUAAUUCCCGAUCUCGUUCAAUUGCUCUAGAAGAUUUCAAUCAUGAUAAUAAAAUAGAUAUUGCUUCUAUUAGUUAUGGAACAAAUAGUAUCAGUAUGUAUUUUGGAUAUGGUAAUAGAACAUCUUGA